GGCGUAUAUAUGUGCGUGUGACCGCUCCGCUCAGCAGGCUACUGCAAGCGGCGAGCAGGGGUGAGCUCCACAGUCUAAACCGGCCUUUUUCUUCAGUUUACGAGCCAUUCCCCCUCACCGGGUCGCUCGCCAGCUGCUGCGGACAUGUCAGCAUCCAGCCAGUGCAGCUAUACGUAUGAGAAGUACAAAGAGACAGCGGACUGGCUGCUGUCUCAUACACACAUCCGGCCGAAGGUUGCAAUCAUCUGUGGCACAGGCCUCGGAGGACUGGCCGAUUUGCUGGACAGCAAGACUGUGUUUCCUUAUAAGGACAUCCCCAAUUUCCCUCGCAGUACAGUGGAAGGGCAUGCAGGUCAGCUGGUCUUCGGGGACCUGAAAGGGAAGCAGUGUGUGUGCAUGCAGGGCCGCUUCCACUUCUACGAGGGCUACAGCACUGCUACAGUAACAUAUCCAGUACGUGUGUUCUUCCUUCUCGGGGUGGAGACCCUGAUUGUCACAAAUGCUGCUGGAGGGAUAAACCCGAAGUUUAAUGUUGGAGACAUUAUGAUGAUCAAGGACCACAUCAACUUCCCUGGCUUUGCAGGCCAGAAUCCUCUGUGUGGACAAAAUGAUGAAAAGUUUGGUGUGCGUUUUCCUUGCAUGUCAGACGCAUACGAUAAAGCCUGGGCCCAGCUGACCAGGCAGACGGCCGAGGAGCAAGGCUGCUCCUCCUUCUUUCAGGAGGGAGUCUACUGCAUGCUGGCUGGACCCACCUUUGAGACCAUAGCAGAGUGUAAAGUGCUUCAGCUGCUGGGGGCUGACGCUGUGGGGAUGAGUACCGUUCCUGAAGUAGUGGUGGCGCGUCACUGUGGCCUGCGUGUUCUCGGCCUCUCUCUCAUUACCAACAAGGUGGUCAUCACCUACGACAGUGAGGAACGUGCCAACCACGAAGAGGUUCUGGAGAUUGGCCGCAUUCGCACUAAAGACUUCCAGCGGCUGGUCAGUCACGUGGUGGCUAAGAUGUAGCCCAGCCAUUCCUUGGUGCCUGAGCAAUCCGUGCUACUUAACCAUUAACCAAAUGCAACUGUGCAUGUGCAUAUGUGGAAUGCUGCAAAGAUAUAAUUGCACUAAUCACAGAAUCACAGAAUAUAUUGUAUUAGUAAAGAGUAGAUUAUUAUAAUCUUUUAACUGCACCAACUGACAUUGAUCUGACAUUUUAUGAUUUGAUUUCACUGAAAUUGUCAUUACAUGACAGACCAGCUACAGACACACACACACAAACAUGCAUUCAUUUUGUAAGCCAGUUAUCCUCCUGGGUGUUGGGCUACCGACAGACAGCACAUAUUUACUGCUUAAGGUAACGUUCCAUGACUGACAGUCUUCCAGCAAAUUCAUAUAUUCAUAUCAAUCCAUGAAAUUCAUUCAUAUCAAUCCGCUAUAGAAUGACCAGUUUUAAGACCAAUGUCCACUACAUAUUAUGGCAUUAUUACACCUUAGAUAAAAUUAUAUACCCUAUAUACCUUGUCACAUGACAUUAUCAUUAACUGCACUGACCGAUCAAUUUAUUUCCACUAGCCAAAUUCUUAAACUUGAUCAAAUUACUUGAAUAAAGUAAAAAAAAAGUAUCUAAAAAAGGUUAAUAGUCUUAUAAUAUUACAUGUAUAAUCUACAUUAAGGAUGGUUUUAUGUUUUUUCAGUUAGGAGACCAGUUGAACACUGUGGGUGCUGGAACAGAUGAUUUUGCGCUAUGCACCAAGCAUUUGGGACAGUGCAUUCAUUGUACACUAGAGGUCUGCUACCUGAACUAAGGCCAGCGAGUCCAGACAAUUUGUCAGUUUUUUAACAUAUAAUCCAGUUUGAGUUUGUACUUUUUUAACGAGUGAUCGUUUAUGUAGUAUUUGUAUUCCAUUUGAAGGAAUUGGCCUCCAUAAAUUUUUCCCCUUCUGUUUUUUUCUGUUAUACAUGUCCUCUAUCUUCCUCUAGUAUAAUAUAGUAUGUGCACAACAAAGGCAGUCUUACUAACUUUGCCAUGAAUGAAGCUUAUUGUAAAACUCCAAAUGAGUCAGGGACCCUCCGUUUAAAAGCACUCUGGUUAUGGACAGUAUAGAGCUUCUGGUGGUAUUUUGAGCUAUGAUAGCAAGAGGACUGUCAUGUUGUCUCUUCAGUGACAUACUGACUGCAGCAGCCACUAGCCAGAAACAAAUAUCAGUGUCAGAAGUACUUCCAUGCACCAGCCUGGCAAUUCUAUGGCAAUGGACUCAGCACUGUAGAAAACGCAUCACUGUAGAGCCGCAUCUGCGAUAACCCAGCACUGCAAGCAGGUUCGGAGCAGGUUCAGCUUUCAUAUUUAACAGCACCACUCGUGCCUGGUCGAGUCGGGUUUCAAAGGUGCAGACCUCUAUCGUGCACACAAAGGAUUCUCAAAUCACACAAAUUGUUCAUUGUUUCACAUUUCAGAUUGUCCUAUACGCUUUGUAUUAGACACACACAGUCAGCCUUAAGCAGACACAUAGAACCCAUUAGGCUUUUCUGGUGUGUAUUGUAUUGGUAGAUCCUCUACCUUCUCAUUCUAAAGCCUGAGGACAAAUACACAAGCAUUUUUACAGUAUUCUUACAGCACAAGUAUAAAAAUACAAUACAGAUUACAUUAGUCAAAUACUAGUGUAAUUAUAACCAAAGAAAAUUAUUGUGGAUGCUUGUAGAAAACAUACAAACAUACUGCAAAGACAAGUGCCUAGAAAUAUUUCACAAGAAACUACCUAACUAGUAGCAUUUUGCUGCUUGACCGCUUGACAUUCUGGGCUACUAAGAGGGAUUCACACCGUACACACUUCAGGGAGCCGAGCUGUCUUUUUUAAUUGGUUUCCGUCAGACUUACAUGUUUUCUGUGCUGUUUUUGAGCUAGGUGUCUCCUGUUUACGCAGCUGCACGGCUGUGUUUUAUGAAGAGUGCUCUGUGGGUCCUGAGUAUAAGAAACAACUCGAAGCACCACAUGUGGUAGUUAACAGUGGUAGUUAAAGUGUCUGCCUGUACGUAUUGAAACUAUAGCCUUCUAGUACAGUUGACUGACAGGUGCACUGCUGUUGCUGCCUAGCAGACGCAACAUUCGCAGAAAAACCCAAGGAAAAGAUUUCCACCACCCCCCCCCACCCUCUUCCCCCUAACUAUAGUAAUAACUCAGUUGUAAUAGCCAUGUCGCUGUCAGGUGAUCAAUUAUCAGGCAGAAAUGUUUGGUACUUUAGAAAUGAAUGCAUGAAAGAAUCCCAUACCUCUGUUACUAAAGGAUAGAGUUGCAGAACAAAGUAAGGUACAUAAGCGUCUAGAGGGACUAACAACUCUGUCUGAUCUAAAGACUCAAGGUGAGUGUCCUUAGAUCACACAGGCGUAUUCCAUCGAGAAAAAUAUCUCUUGAAUGUCAGUAGUUAAAGUUAUUCCAACAUAUAAUAUCUGUCCUUUCUUUUAACUUUAUUGGUGUCUUUCUUGAGGACUAAGUGGUGUUCUGUGGCGUUAAACUGGAAAAUACUGUAUGAUUAGUUUAUCUUAUCUGUCUUUUAACGUCCAACAUUACAAUGCAUAGAAGGCUGCUGUAUUUUCUAUAGGAGCAGAAUAUUCUGUAUUGCACAAGAGUACUCUAUUGUAGCCAUUACCUUGAAAUAAACAUAUAUAAAAAAAUGUGAAA